AACUCCUCGAAGAGACUGGCAAAGAUGAUUUAGAAGAAAAACAACUUAAAUCUGUCAAGAAAAUGGUGCAGUGUUAUCAGAAUGGACUUCAAAGUGAUACAGAACUCAGGACACUUCACUUGAUCACUUGAUUCCAGCAGCUGGUAUCUCAAAGGUAGUACAUUUUAUUGUAGUCUGAGAUUGCUGACCACAAGAGAUUAAACUGUAAGUAUGUUCAAAUGUUUUCUCAUAAUAAAUUGCUCUCAAGUGAAUGAUAAAUGUGAGAUAAAACAAAGAAAUAAUAUUUUUAGAGAAUCCUUGAGAAAAAUUAUGGACAAUACUUAAUAGUUUCUGCCUAGUUUUUUUUCUCUCUGUCUAAGAAAUUUGACUCUCAAAGACAUGAGAGUCAAAAUGUUUUAUUUGAUCUUCCAAAUUUGAAUAAAGAAUGAUUUAUCACCAAAUUAUUUUUGGCAUUUUUUUUCAAAAUGUAAAUUAGAGAUUAGAAUUAUAAAAUUUAUAUAUUCCAUCCUCUGUACUAUUUUUUCUUCAACCAUUUGGGGGAACUAGCCACAUAGUGGCUAAUCAAGAUGUAUAUUAGGGAUUCCCUGGUGGCGCAGUGGUUGAGAGUCCGCCUGCCGAUGCAGGGGACGUGGGUUCGUGCCCCGGUCCGGGAGGAUCCCAUAUGCUGCGGAGCGGCUGGGCCUGUGCGUCCGGAGCCUGUGCUCCACAGUGGGGGAGGCCACAGCAGUGAGGGGCCUGCGUACCGCAAAAAAAAAAAGAAAAAAAAAAAAAGGAAUUGGUUCUCUAUGAAAGCUGUGACUGAAUGUUUCAUUGCAUAAUAUGAGAAAUCUUUUGAAAUGCACUCUUCACUCAUAUUUCAUAAUUGCAUCAUUUUUUUUUUUUACUUUCCUAAUUUCUACUUUCAUCGUGCAUUUUUCCACACCACACCCUCACUUGAUUCUCUUUUCAGGACAUUUUUGGGAGAUAAAAACAUUGAAAAUUAAAAAAUAAAAUCAAACCCUUCUGUUUUGGCCUCUAAGUAAUAUGUUUCUCUCAGUGCAUCAGAAGUAUAAUGCUUAUUUUUUUCAUAACCUUUUUGGUGGAAAACUCUUCUGAUGCUUUAUUUUUUAGGUUGUUUCCUUUGGUAAAAAAGGAAAAAAUUUGAGGACAAGAACAAUUCAUUUUAUAGUUCUUCACUUUAGAGAUUCAACAAUGAGCUGGAUAUCAACUAAUUAAGUUAUUUAUUUCAAAUGAAAAAUUCUAACAAACACCAGAAAUGAACCUCUAUGGCAUUUAUAAAAUAUUCCUUUUCAUAACUUGCCCUUGAAAUAUCUUUUAAUUCCAGUUGACCUAUAUACAUCCACAUGUGAUAGUUCCAAGUGCUGUUUUUCAACUAUUUGGUUAAUUUUUCUUGAAAAACAUGAAUUUAAAGUCCUAUAUAUAAGAUAUAUUAAAUAUCUUUAAAUAGGAUACAAAGUUCAAAUUUUGAACUCCUGAAAUGCUGAAAUAGUUUAUAUUUUUUGUUUAGGAAGUGACUUUUCUCUCUCCUCUGACACUUAGACUAAUGACCUAGGUUCGAGUGCCCUAUCUUUUAUGAUUUGUGUAUAAAUUAUUCUCAAAUAACUUUGGUUAUAUUAGCUGUGAAAUGUAAUUCUAAUAUAAUUAAUAAUUGUUAAAUUCUUUAGUGUCUCAAAAAGUAUAUUUGUUAUUUCGUGGAUGGUAACUGAUCCAAUUAAUAAGGAAAAAGUCACUGACCUUUAAGAACAAAUAGACCAUUGAUCUAUUAACUGGAGUUUCAAAAACUUCAGAAAAAGCCCUUGAACAGCCUUUAAGUUAUAGGUGAGACUAGAUCUGUGAUUUAUAUCAGAUUUUCCAAUGUCUUCCUAAUUUUAAUAGUACAGGUAUAAUCUAAUAUUAUUUUGCCCUCAGAAAGAAGAUUCUUAAGUUUUUUAAUUUAUGUAGUGUUGCAAGAUGGCUUUCUUAACCCUUGCCUUGUAUGUCCAUCUCUCUUCAUUUUUAUAAACCUAUUUUAUUUUGUUUUAUUUUAUUUUGGUCAACUGGUUAGAAACACAGAAAUAUUUCUGGUAGUUGUUAAUUCUCCAGGGCUAAAGAAACAGGCUAUUUAUCCUCAUUUUUAUCUUUAGAAAAGAAAUUUUCCUCUACUUUGCAAAUGAUGCUUCAAUUAAGGACUUCAUUAAACGUAACUCAUAUAUUCUUCAUUCUUAUCGAAGCUUGCCAUUUUUGAAAAUGAAAGUAUCGGAUGAAAUAACAUAUGCUGAAGAUACUGCUAAUUCAAUUGCACUUCUGGGUGACUUAAUGAUAAUACCAAGUUCUGAAUUGAGGAUACAAAUUUGUAAGUGUAUUAUUGACUUUUAUCAUGCAGAACCACCAAAGAAGCAUAUUACAGGUUACCAGCAGGCUAGCUCAUCAUAUAAGAUUAAAAUGGCUGAAGUUGGAGGAUUGGCAAAAACAAUGGUCCAGUCAUUGGUGUUGCUUGAAAAUCAACUUGUUGAGAAACUUUGGGUACUUAAAACUCUACAACAUCUCUCAGCUUCUGAAGCGAAUUGUACUUUAAUGGUGAAAGCACAAGCAGCCAGUGGAAUCUGUGCUCACCUCAAUGACCCAGAUCCCUCUGGACAGCUUCUAUUUCGUUCAUCCGAAAUACUUUGGAACUUAUUGGAAAAAUCUUCAAAAGAAGAAAUCAUACAACAGCUUAGUAACUUGGAAUGUUUGCUGGCUUUGAAGAAAGUAUUUAAAAAUCUGUUUACAAGAGGUCUUAGUCAUUAUGAUCGUCAGCUUAGAAAUGACAUAUUAGUGAUCACAACAAUUAUAUCUCGAAAUCCUGGAGCACCAAUGACUGAGUGCGGCUUUACCAGGGAUUUGAUAUUAUUUGCAACCUUUAAUGAAGUUAAAAGCCAAAAUCCUUUGGUAAAAGGUCUUAAGUUUUCUAAUUCCUAUGAAGAUUUUGAGUUGAAGAAAUUGCUAUUCAAUAUAAUUGUGACCUUUUGUAAAGAUUUAUCUACUAUACAGCUAUUAAUUGAUGGCAAAGUUAUUUUGGCUUUGUUUACCUAUGUUAAAAAGCCUGAGAAACACAAAAUAGUUGAAUGGUCUGCAGCACAGUAUGAAGAAUUACAACUGCAUGCAAUUGCCACUUUGUCAUCAGUGGCUCCUUUUUUAAUAGACGAGUACAUGUUGUAUCAGGGAAACGCUCGCGUCCUUGCAUUUUUAGAAUGGUGUGACAGUGAAGAUUUCUUCUUUAGUCAUGGGAACAGUUUUCAUGGUACAGGUGGCCGUGGAAACAAGUUUGCCCAGAUGCGUUACAGUUUAAGACUCUUGAGAGCCAUGGUCCACCUUGAGCAUGAGACCAUAAACAAGGAUCUUUGUGAAAAGAGAGCAAUUCAGCAACUGAUAGGAAUCUUUAAAAAUACAAUAAGCAAGUAUAAUGAUAAGGAUGAGGCCAUUCUUUUGGAAAUUCAAUCUGAUAUUUUACUUAUUUUGUCUGGUCUUUGUGAACAUCAUAUUCCUAGGAAGGAAACUUUUGGAACUGAAGGAGUGGAUAUAAUUCUUCAUGUAAUGAAAACAGACCCCAAGAAGUUACAGAGUGGAUUAGGCUAUAAUGUACUUCUUUUUAGUACAUUGGACAGCAUUUGGUGCUGCAUUUUGGGAUGUUACCCCUCAGAGGAUUACUUUCUUGAAAAGGAAGGCAUUUUUCUCCUUUUGGAUUUAAUGGCAUUGAACCAAAAAAAAUUCUGUAAUCUGAUACUUGGAAUAAUGGUUGAAUUUUGUGAUAAUCCCAAAACUGGGGCUCAUGUCAAUGCUUGGCGAGGGAAGAAGGAUCAGACAGCUGCUAGUCUUUUAAUUAAAUUGUGGAGAAAGGAAGAAAAAGAACUAGGAGUAAAACGUGAUAAACAUGGGAAGAUCGUUGAUACAAAGAAACCUCUAUUUACUAGUUUUCAAGAAGAGCAAAAAAUCACACCACUGCCUGCUAACUGCCCAACCAUUGCAGUUAUGGAUGUUGCUGAGAAUAUCAGAGCAAAAAUUUAUGCUGUGUUGGGCAAACUAGAUUUUGAAAAUUUACCUGGCUUAUCUGCUGAAGAUUUUGUUACCCUCUGUAUCAUACAUAGAUACCUUGAUUUUAAAAUUGGAGAAAUAUGGAAUGAAAUAUAUGAAGAAAUAAAAUUAGAAAAGUUAAGACCAGUCACUACAGACAAAAAAAUUUUGGAAUCUAUUAUAACAGCAUCAGAAAAUAUUGGAAAGAUGACUGCUUCUCUGCAAAGCGAGAUGAUUGAAAGCCAAGCACGCCAAGAUGUGCAAAACGAACAAAAAGUAUAUACAAAAGUACAAGCCACACACAAGCAAAGAGAAUUGGCUAAUAAAUCAUGGGAAAAUUUCUUGGCUAGAACAUCAAAUGUUAAAACUUUAAAGAAAGCAAAAAGACUUCAAGAGAACGGUAUACAGUCCUCUAGAUACAGUGAGCGUCCACCAAAUGCAAUAUUUCACCGGACAGAUAUUAAAGGCCUUAACACAACAAUUAGAAAAAUUCUCAGUGAUAUGAUUCAGCAAGUUCUCAGGUCUCCUGUCUCCCUAUCCAAGACUCCUACCACAAUACAUUUCAACCAAGAGGAUCAAAAUGCAGCCCUUUCUACAGGAGGAUGUGCAGGAGGAUAUGUUAUGUGCACUUUUGUUGCCAACCAACACCACAGCUGCAGAACUAUUCAAGUCUUUGAAUGAUUACAUAUCAGGAAAACUGAAUUGGUCAUUUUGUGUUUGUAUAUGCAUGGACGGAGCGGCUGCCAUGACUGGACGGUUUUCUGGUUUCACUACUUGGGUCAAAGAAGUUGCUUCUGAACGUGAGUCUAUGCACUGUGUCAUCCAUAGAGAAAUGCUGGCUAGCCAAAAAAUGUCACCUGAACUUAAAAUGUUUUGCAGGAUGUUAUUAAAA